GAUGAUGACGUAGAGAGCGACGGCAAGCCUAUUUAUUGAUGGAGGAUGAGUCGCAGGAGAGGGGAUAAAGCGGAAGUGCGGUGUGUAGCGAGAGCGGAGGAAGACGGCAAAACAGCGAGACAACUAAAGCUGAGGAAGUAAAAGAGAGGCAGUGGAAUCCCUCGAAACCGGACCUCUGAGAGAAACUGGUUGCAGUGCGUUGAGCUCUCAGGGCCACCGUAGACUUCAGUAUAAAGGCACAGUGACUGCGGAAGUGAAAGAGUUCGAGACGGAGAGAGAGCGAGAGAGAACGAUGAAGCAGUGAUUUCACAGCCACGGUCAACACGUCGCAACUGGACUCGGACAACGAUGAAGCUUCAUCUGCUCGUGAGUUUCCUGAGUCUGUGGAGAAGAAGCGAUGGAACCGGUGCAGCCCCCAUCAAAGUGCUGGUGAAAAAAGGGGAUGAUGUCAUUUUACCAUGUUCCUUCAGCAGCGAGAACAUCAGGCAGGAGCUCUUUGACUGGAAUAAGGACAAGAAGGGGGUGUUCAUGUACGAUAAGGGAAAAGUUUACAAUGAUGGAGAUUCACGUCAGGACGAGCAGUUCAGAGGUCGCGUCUUUCAUUUCCCAGAACAUCUGCACGAGGGUAACGCCUCCAUAGUCAUCAGAGCCACCAAGUUGACUGACAGUGGGAACUACACCUGUUUAUUUCCACUUCUUGUUCCAGAGAGACGAUCAAACAUUGAGCUCGUCGUCGGAGCUGCUCCAAAACCAUCUGUCACAAUACUUGAUGGAACAACGGUCUGGGCUCUUCUGAUGUGUGAGGUUCUUGGUGCGUUUCCUAAACCUGAUGUUCAGUGGCAGAACAGAGCUGGAGACAUUGUUCCUGCUGAAGAACCUCAGGUCUCUGAAAGAGGAGGCAGAUAUGACAUCAUCCUCCAAACGACUGUGAACAAGACCGACCUCUAUCGCUGUGUCUCCACUCAGGAGGAGCUCAACCACCAGACUCAUGCUGAGAUCUUUGUGCUGCUGAACAGAGCAGCUCCAGAGCCGCACAUCAAGAUACUUGGUGAAACAAAGGAAGGAGUUCAGCUGCAGUGUUCUGUUCGAGGUGCGUCUCCAAAACCUAAAGUUCAUUGGCAGAACGGAGCUGGAGACAUUGUUCCUGCUGAAGAACCUCAGGUCUCUGAAAGAGGAGGCAGAUAUGACAUCAUCCUCCAAACGACUGUGACCAAGACCGACCACUAUCGCUGUGUCUCCACUCAGGAGGAGAACGAGACUCGUGCUGAGACAUAUGUACCUGUCCCUGGAGCAGCUCCAGAGCCGCACAUCAAGAUACUUGGUGAAACAAAGGAAGGAGUUCAGCUGCAGUGUUCUGUUCGAGGUGCGUCUCCAAAACCUAAAGUCUAUUUGCUGGAUGGUGAUGGAGACAUUGUUCCUGCUGAAGAACCUCAGGUCACUGAAAGAGGAGGCAGAUAUGACAUCAUCCUCCAAACAACUGUGACCAAGACCGACCACUAUAGCUGUGUCUCCACUCAGGAGGAGAACGAGACUCGUGCUGAGACAUAUGUACCUGUCCCUGGAGCAGCUCCAGAGCCGCACAUCAAGAUACUUGGUGAAACAAAGGAAGGAGUUCAGCUGCAGUGUUCUGUUCUUGGUGCGUUUCCAAAACCUGAUGUUCAGUGGCAGAACAGAGCUGGAGACAUUGUUCCUGCUGAAGAACCUCAGGUCUCUGAAAGAGGAGGCAGAUAUGACAUCAUCCUCCAAACGACUGUGACCAAGACCGACCACUAUCACUGUGUCUCCACUCAGGAGGAGAUCAACCACCAGACUCAUGCUGAGAUCUUUGUGCUGCUGAACGGAGCAGCUCCAGAGCCGCACAUCAAGAUACUUGGUGAAACAAAGGAAGGAGUUCAGCUGCAGUGUUCUGUUCGAGGUGCGUCUCCAAAACCUAAAGUCUAUUUGCUGGAUGGUGAUGGAGACAUUGUUCCUGCUGAAGAACCUCAGGUCACUGAAAGAGAGGGAGGCAGAUAUGACAUCAUCCUCCAAACGACUGUGACCAAGACCGACUUCUAUCGCUGUGUCUCCACUCAGGAGGAGAACGAGACUCGUGCUGAGACAUAUGUACCUGUCCCUGACGCUGGAGGGACGGUUCCUCUUUGGGGUGCAGGGGUUGCUGCUGUUGUUGCAGUUUUGUUGACUCUUCUCGGCGUUUUACUAUAUAAAUACUGUGUGUGUAAAAAGAAAACUCCCACUGCAGAACCACCUGAAGAAAAUCAAGCAACAGCCAUGACUCCUCUGAGAAGUCAGGAUCAGACCGAUAUGGAUCCGUCUCUGUAGCGUCCGUCUGCUCCGCCCUCUUCACUCCGUCACAUGAUCUGUGAGGUCGGCUGCUGAAGCUAGUGUGUCUGUUCUGUUGAAAAGCUUCAGAGUGACGACCACACAACACUGUUUAUUUAAAGAUAAUGAUGUCAUCAUGACGUCACUUCCACCACGUGACGACACAUGAUUGGUUCUUGUGAAUAAGCUGAAGGUCUUGUCUCAGAUCUUAUUGGCUGGAGAAGUUGAUGCUUCACUAACGGAAGCUGUGUCUAAAUUCAGGGACAUUUGAGGAGCGACUGAACUGAUUCCAACAUGUCCUCCUUUCCCUGAGCAACGACGCCACCACCUGGUGGAUCCUUCUCAGGCCAACAUAUCCCACAAUGCAUUGCUCUUCAGUGACUGAACUGUUCAAAGCUCAUUUCGACCAUGGCGACCGCACAGAAAAAGAGGAAAGUUGACACGAGGGCCGCCACUUUCAAGAGAGAUGGGAAUUACAGUUCUUUUUCACAGAAAUUGAGGCAAUUGCCUUCCACGUAACACUGUGGCACGGAGAGUCGAGAACAUAUCAUCAGCUAUUCAGAGACAACUGAGGGACAGGGAAGUGACUUUUUGCACCGAUGCUUCUGACACUGCACAGCUCUUGAUUUUUUUUUUUUUUUUUAGAGGAGUUGACGACAACAUGAACGUAACAGAGGAGCUGCUUAACCUCCAAAGCCUUAGAGACCAAACCAGAGGAACGGAUCUGUUCGCUUCUCUUUGUUCAGCUGCUGAUGAUAUGAAACUACCGUGGUGUAAAGUUUCUGGGUCAUUACCAAUGGUGCGCCUGCCAUGGCACUAUAAAACUCCUCUGUAUAAUUCACCAGCAGGCUCUCUGCGCCAAACAUCUCAAAUGUGAUCAUGUUAUGAAACCAGUUAUAAACAGGUGAGACCUC